AUGAAGGCCGGUGGCUAUGAGUCCAUUCAUGGCGUUAAUGUUCAAAAGGCCGAGAACGAAUUCCAGGAGCUUAACAGGGAAUUGACGAAGCUCACCCAUCACUCGAAGCGCACUGGUACCCAUAAGACCCCCAUCGUCGAUGAAGAGAAGGCCCCUUCCUCAGAGGGCUCUGACUCGGAGCCGUUUGAUCUCGAAUCAGUCUUGAGAGGUCACAAAGGCGAGGAUGAGGAAGCCGGUAUCAAGCCGAAACAGAUUGGUGUAUACUGGGACGGAUUGACCGUCAGCGGUAUCGGUGGUGUCAAAAACUAUGUCAAGACAUUUCCUCAGGCCUUCACCUCUUUCUUCAAUGUUUACGAGACCGGCAAGAACCUCCUGGGAGUAGGCAAAUCAGGACAAGAAUUCGACAUCCUUAAGGACUUCAAGGGAGUCGCCAAACCUGGUGAGAUGGUCCUCGUUCUUGGUCGCCCAGGAUCCGGAUGCACGACUUGUUUGAAGGUUUUGGCCAACCAACGAUUCGGCUACACCAAGGUUGACGGCACCGUCCUCUACGGCCCCUUCGACAACGAAACGUUCGAGAAGCGCUACCGCGGCGAGGCUGUCUACAACGAGGAGGACGACGUCCACCACCCCACUUUGACGGUUGGCCAGACCCUUGAAUUUGCUCUGGAUACCAAGGUCCCUGGAACGCGGCCCGGUGGUCUCAGCAGGCACGCUUUCAAGGAGAGAGUCAUCGACAUGCUGCUCAAGAUGUUCAACAUUGAGCACACCAAAAACACAAUCGUCGGAAACCCUUUCGUUCGUGGUGUCUCUGGUGGUGAGCGUAAACGCGUUUCCAUCGCUGAGAUGAUGAUCACGAAUGCUUCUGUGUGCUCAUGGGAUAACUCAACCCGCGGUCUGGACGCAUCCACUGCCCUGGACUACGCCAAGUCUCUUCGCAUCUUGACGGAUAUCCACCAAGUCACCACGUUCGUUUCGCUCUACCAGGCCUCCGAAUCCAUCUAUAAGGUGUUUGACAAGGUCAUGGUUAUUGAUUCCGGUCGCCAAGUUUACUAUGGUCCGGCUCAAGAGGCCCGCGCGUAUUUCGAGAACCUUGGUUUCUUGGAGAAGCCUAGACAAACCACUCCGGACUACCUUACUGGAUGUACCGAUCCUUUCGAGAGAGAUUUCAAGGCCGGCCGUAGCGAGAAGGAUGUUCCCAGCAACCCCGAGGCCUUGGCGGAAGCUUUCAAGAACUCCGAUGUCGCCGCCCGUCUGAACCAUGAAAUGACUCAAUACCGCCAGCAGAUCCAGGACGAGAAGCAAGUUUACGAUGAUUUCCAGACGGCUGUUCACCAGAGCAAGCGUCAUGCGUCCAAGCGUUCGGUUUACACUAUCCCUUUCUACCUCCAGGUCUGGGCCUUGAUGCGCCGCCAAUUCGCUCUCAAAUGGCAGGACCGGUUCUCCCUUGUUGUCUCCUGGCUUACUUCCAUCAUCGUGGCUAUCCUUCUCGGUACUGUCUGGCUUGACCUCCCUCAAACGUCCGCUGGCGCUUUCACGCGUGGUGGUUUACUGUUCAUCUCCCUUCUGUUCAACGCUUUCCAGGCCUUCUCCGAGCUGGCUUCCACUAUGAUGGGACGACCUAUCGUCAAUAAGCACCGCGCUUACACAUUUCAUCGUCCUUCUGCCUUGUGGAUUGCUCAGAUCAUCGUGGACACGGCUUUUGCAACGGCUCAGAUCUUCGUUUUCAGCGUCAUGGUCUACUUCAUGUGCGGUCUCGUCCGGGAUCCAGGUGCUUUCUUCACCUUCGUCUUGAUGAUCGUCUCUGGAUACCUCUCGAUGACUCUUUUCUUCCGUACCGUCGGAUGUAUGUGUCCGGACUUCGAUGUGGCCAUCCGUCUUGCCGGUACAAUCAUCACUCUGUUUGUGCUUACCUGCGGAUACCUCAUUCAGCCUCAAUCGGAGCAAGUAUGGUUGAAAUGGAUUUUCUGGAUUAACGCACUUGGUCUCGGUUUCUCUUCACUCAUGAUGAACGAGUUUAAGCGGUUAGACAUAACAUGCACUUCUGAGUCGUUGAUUCCACCUUACGGAGAAAUUGAGCAUCAGUCAUGCACUCUCGCCGGAAGUACACCUGGCAGCGCGAUUAUCUCUGGAAAAGACUACAUCACGGCGGCCUUCUCAUACCACCCAGAGAAACUCUGGCGCAACUGGGGUAUCAUGAUUGUCCUUAUUGUUGGCUUCCUUGGAGCCAAUGCUUUCCUGGGAGAACAUAUCAAAUGGGGCGCUGGUGGCAAGACCGUGACCUUCUUCGCCAAAGAGAAUGCUGAGCUGAAGAAGUUGAACGAGGACCUGAAGCAAAAGAAGGAGAGAAAGAACCGGAAGGAAACCGAGGAAGAGGGCGAGGGUCUGAAGAUCAACUCCAAGGCUGUUCUUACCUGGGAAGACCUCUGCUAUGACGUUCCAAUGCCCGGUGGCUCUGGCCAACUCCGUUUGUUGAACAACAUUUACGGCUACGUUAAGCCCGGUCAACUCACCGCUCUGAUGGGUGCCUCCGGUGCCGGCAAGACGACCCUGCUCGACGUGCUGGCGUCCAGGAAAAACAUCGGUGUGAUUAGCGGAGACAAGCUGAUCGACGGCAAAGUGCCUGGCAUCGCUUUCCAGCGUGGAACCGCCUAUGCCGAGCAACUCGAUGUCCACGAGCCGGCCCAAACUGUCCGCGAGGCUCUGCGCUUCUCUGCUGAUCUCCGCCAGCCGUUCCACGUUCCCCAGGCCGAGAAGUACGCUUACGUUGAGGAAGUCAUCUCCCUGCUUGAAAUGGAAGACAUUGCGGACGCUAUCAUCGGUGACCCCGAGAGUGGUCUGGCUGUUGAGCAACGCAAGCGUGUCACUAUUGGUGUCGAACUGGCUGCCAAGCCGGAGCUUCUUCUUUUCCUUGACGAACCCACCUCCGGUCUUGACAGUCAAAGCGCCUGGAACAUUGUCCGUUUCUUGAAGAAGCUUGCCGCAGCUGGUCAGGCUAUUCUGUGCACGAUUCACCAGCCUAACUCUGCUCUUUUCGAGAGUUUCGACAGGCUUCUGCUUCUGCAGAGGGGAGGUCGCUGCGUCUACUUCGGUGAUAUCGGAGAGGAUGCCUGCGUUCUUCUGGACUACUUCCACCGCCGGGGAGCUGACUGCCCGCCUGAUCUCAACCCCGCUGAGUGGAUGCUGGACGCCAUCGGUGCCGGCCAGGCUCCUCGUAUCGGUGACCGCGACUGGGCCGACAUCUGGGCCGACUCUCCCGAACUCGCCGCAACUAAGGAAGAGAUUGUCCGCAUGAAGAACGAGCGUACAGCGGAGAACAAUGCUGGCCAGGAGCUGAUGCAGACGGAGUUUGCUACCCCGCUUUGGUACCAGAUCAAGAAGGUCAACGCCCGCACGCAGCUCUGCUUCUGGCGCACUCCCAACUACGGCUUCACUCGUCUCUUCAACCACGUCAUUCUCGCUCUGUUGACUGGUCUCGCUUUCCUUCAGCUCGACGACUCUCGUUCCUCGCUGCAGUACCGGAUCUUCGUCAUUUUCCAGGUCACUGUCCUUCCCGCCCUGAUUCUCGCGCAAGUCGAGCCCAAGUACGCAAUGGCUAGGAUGGUCUCUGCCCGCGAACAGGCCUCCAAGGCUUACAGGCAGUUCCCGUUCGCUCUUGCACAGGUUCUUGCCGAGAUGCCUUACAGCGUUCUCUGCGCUGUGUUCUUCUUCCUGCCGAUCUACUACAUCCCUAACUUCCAGUACGCUUCCGACAGGGCUGGUUACCAGUUCUUUAUGAUUCUGAUCUGCGAGGUCUUCUCUGUUACGCUUGGGCAGCUGAUCGCCGCGAUCACGCCCACGCCCUUCAUCGCUGCGCUCGUCAACCCCUUCAUCAUCAUUAUUUUCGCCCUCUUCUGUGGUGUCACCAUUCCCCAGCCCCAAAUCCCUAACGGAUGGCGCUGGUUAUACCAGUUAGAUCCAUUCACUAGGUUGAUUGGUGGUAUGGUGGUGACAGAGCUGCACGACCGGGAGGUCACGUGCUCGACGGGCGAGCUCAACACCUUCACCGCGCCCCUCGGCCAGACCUGCGGCGAAUACAUGUCUGCAUUCUUCGCGAGCAGCGGGCCCGGCUACAUUGUCGACAACUCGACCAGCAACUGCGAGUACUGCGCCUACAAGGUCGGCGACGAGUUCUACUCGCCCCUGGGCUACGACUUUGUCAACCGCUGGCGCGACCUGGGCAUCUUCAUUGCCUUCAUCGGCAGCAACCUGCUCCUCCUGUUCCUUGCGGCGAGGUACCUCAACUUCGCUAAGCGGUAA